UGGAAUGCUGCUGCUGCUAAGACCAAAGUACCGGAUCGCUUGCACCCCGGUAAAACUUGUGUCCGGGUGGAACACAUUAACCUACGCGGGAACAAACUUCAACUCUGCUUAUUCAUUGGAGUAAGGAGCACUGCUGUUGUAUUUCAAAAAAGGGUACCUCUGCAUUGUAACGCUCACAAAAAAAUGAAGACGACGAACGACGUCAACAAAAAUCCACUGGCGUCCUCACCGUCCAAGGCGAUGUACGUCAAAGUGUCGGCUGCAACCAUAUUCACCACAAGCACCAUGGCGGUUGGUUUCUUGCUGUGUAUUGGCCUUGCGUUACUCUUCAACUUUCGAUCGAGUAUUGCCACUCAUUGCCGAGUACCAAAUUUCCUGCCGUCAAUCAGCGCGGCCAUAGCCCUGCCCCCCUCCUGCUAUUUCUGGCGGCUGUCUGUCAUGCUGACCACGGUCCAGCGGCUCCUUGCCGUCAAGUACCACCACAUGCAGUACGCAGGAGUUCGGACCAGCCGUGCCUGGUACCCCAUGUUGUGCAAUGCCUGUGCAAUGGCAGAGCUGCUCGAGAACCUGUCUCUGAUAGCACUGACCUGUGUCUCCUCCACAGAAAAUACAGAUCUGCAUGAGAACUUCUUCAUCAGUUUCCAAGUGUGUGCAACCGUGUUCAUGAUUCUCAUGUGCCUGGUGUACAGGACAGCAACCGGUCCCCAUCCCUCAGCAUGGGAGCGCAAGUCCCUGAGAGCUAAGUACAUCUGCUUUGCCGUCAACAUCAUCUGCUUCCUCAUUGCUGCAGCCUGUUACAUGGUACAUCGAUACCGCUGUAAGCCAUAUGCUUACACCGUCUUCUCAUUCUUUGAGUACAUCGUGGUGCUUACCAACAUCCUCUACCAUGGCUUUGUCACGUACGACUUUGCUGACGUAGUGAUCGCAAUCUCCCUCCCUUCUCAGUUGAAGAGUGACUAGUCAACAAUAUCUCAUCCUGCGGAACCUGACUGCACUUCCACUGUAUGGAUCUGCAGGGUAGUAAUUAGGUGCCAAGUGAUUUUAUGCGCUUAGUAGCAAUGACUGAGAACCAGGGCCCUAUCUCAUGGAUUUUACUAUCCAAUAAGAGCACAAUAUAUAGCUCUAUAGCACAUUAUAUGUGCUUAGCACAUACUAGACUGCCAUCUGUAGACUGCCAGUUUAAAGCAAUAAAAGCUGCGUGAAAUUUGGUUGGUAACCUACUUUUUACGUAGGUACAAAUUUUUGGCUCAGGAGCUUCCAAGUUAUUGAUCCAAACUAUGCACAGUGUACAUACGGAGUAUGGCCAUGUCUGAAUUUCUUGGCCGCAGCUCAAGAUUAUGUGCAACUCAGUGGGAAGUGCCUACAGCCAGCACCAUAGAAUCGUGUGUCAUUUCAAGCCGUAGCCAAGUCAUUCAGGAAAGGCCUAUCACUCAGUGUAUCGUGGCUGGUAAGCCAUUUCACAAAGCAGAGUGUUUCUAUUUAAAGUACAUUUGUCUGCUUAGCAGUUUUGAGAAAGUGGCCCCUCUGGCUUGAUGGUGGUGGGGCAUUGCCCAUCCAGAUGAACAACCGGUACCCCUUUAUCCCCAAUUAUGCCAGACACAACGUAAUGGAACAGUGGCCAGAAUUUGUUGCGCAUAGUUGAAUCGCCAGUCAACACAAGUGGCAGAGAAUACAUGGAACUGUAUAGCGCGAAAGGAUGGUGGUUGUCCAGUGCACUGCACAGUACAACAAAAUUCACUGCUACAUGUUGUUGCUUUUUUGUGUUGCAUUCAGCAUGGUUUUCAUUCUAGCUAUGUUGAAUUUUGCUGCAUUUAGCAAGGUUCCUACUUACAGUCCAGUGAGACUUAAGUUAGUUCAACCAUUGUCAGCAACUUAUAGAAUUUGUACAAUUGCUUCAGUUGAAGCCUGCUUCAUGCAACAAAAUCCUACAGGUUUACUGUCCCCAAAGCCAAACAGCCUUAGAGUCCCAGCCUGUCGGAUGUCAUAAGACAGCAGCUCACUUCAGUUGGACAGGCUCCCCUGAUGUCUGAAUGGGUAGCUCAUUAGCUGCUCCGCUUUCUUACAAUUGAAGUGACUUGCUUUCUGCACGUUUGAAUCCCUGCUUUCCUAAGUAGAAAAAUAUACAUGUGAAGACCUCUCUCAUGUUGGUCACUAUUCCUGUGGGUGGCCAGUGUUUAUAGAUAUAUCACACUUGGUUAGUUACAAGUUUUUCCUGAGAACAUACAUCUGUCCCAUCACUUUUUAAGAAAGCUUUUUUUUUUUCAGGUAAAAUUUAGUCGUCACAAUUAUUAUUUUGGUGUUUUGACUGAAACAUGGAUCGAGAGAGAGGUCUAUUGUAAUAGAGGCUGGUGCAACUACCUCUUCUUUUGUCCAGUUUGCCCCCAAGAAAUGGACAGGCCCCACCCCUGUCAAGCCAUCCGUCUUUACUUCUUGUCACGGUUGCUACCGUCACUCUCUUUUGUACUUUAUUUUAUCUUUUAUUUAACUGCCAUGCAGUAUUCUAUGCACCUUGCAGUUUUUGUAGGUAACUUCCAGAGGACUGUAGUGCUGAGAGUUUAAAGGUGUGACGUCUUGUGAAUAUAUCUAUCAAUGCAAAUCAUUUUUUCAUUGUUGUUAGAAAAGACAGAGGCUGAAGUCUAACAUUUUUUUCCCCAUAACAGUUACUCGGAGUCUAAAUACAGUAAGACUUUUUAAAGAUACAGCCCAUUAACUGCAGUUAUCCAGAAAGGAACUGAUCAAAUUAAUGUUGGAAAUCUACUUGAUUUAAAGAUGGUUAGAGGACUGAACUCCCUGUAACAUUAUUCUUUCUGGCAAGCUGCCAUUUUGAAGAAAUCAGCGAAAGGAGGGCGUUUCCAGCAAUGCUUCUCUAGACACUUUUGGAAAAUUAUCCUUGGAAGCAUGCACAAACGUUGACACCCACAGGCACUUCUUAGAAUUCAGGUACAAUUUAAAACAUGACUCAGCUUUUUUAAAAAAUCUGAAAUUAAAUCGUAGAAUAUUGUUUUUCUCUAAGCUGAAACUUCAUCAGAUUUGCUGAUGGACCGUACCUUGAACAGCCAUUGCACAUUUUGCUGAGGCAGCAUAACUAUUUAAGAUGAGCACCAUUGAAAUUUCGCACAUUUUGAUUGGCCAAUGCAUUGCAAACUUUUGGAGGAGCACUUUUGUGAAUUGCCCAUAUUAAACCUGGUAGGGUUUUCAGUAUAGAAAAGUAUAAUGCAGCUUCUUCCAAUUUUUAUAAGAAUAUAAUCUAUUUGCCUAAUGCAUUUGUAACCUUGAGUUUUUGUUUAAAAAAUAUGGGUGGAGAAUAUGGGUCUUACGUGAUUUGUGACUGGUUGAAGCAAUAAAAUUAAAUACAUGCAUAUAGUACUGAGGAUUUUUAGUUGUUAAAGUUUAAAAUUGAAAGUACGUUAGAAUUUUGGGGGGACUUUUAAAUAGAUUUGGACUAAUUUAAAGUACUGUUUUUUUGAGAUCUAGUUGUAAUUUAUUUGAGCUGGUGGUGGUUAUAUAUUUUUGCACAGACGAUAAUUAUUGUAACCAUUUUAAGAAUACAUAUUAUCCUUGUUGCUUGAAUAUUUCUGGCGUUUAAAUUUAUUUUUAACACAAGUGUUUGGGCAAAACAUCGUGGGAAUUGUAUUACAGAAGUGCGUUGCUUGUGAGGUCACAAUUGCGGUAAAAAGAAAGGGUAAUUACAAUAGUACUGAUCAUGUUUAGUGAAUGGAAACAGCUUCGUGCACAUUUUUUAAAGAGUAAAAGUAAUGUUAAGUAUGGAAAAGAUUCUGUGAUCAACAGAGACUCGCUGUAAAAUUGUGGACAUUUUGGAUACUUCUCCGUGUGCAAGACCACUGAUUAAGAAAGGCACAUUUUUAGAACAAGUGUUUGUCAAAAACAAAUUACAGUACAUGUAUUUUUCAGUGGAAGAUAUUUUUGAGAGCAUUUUUCAUUUUUUUUUCAUCAUUCAAUAUUUGUAAUAUAUUUUAGGGUUUAUGAUGUGUGUUUUGCCUUAUGAUCUCUUGAUUUCACCGCUUAGAGUUUGGACAUCGUGUGUGAUUUGAAUGUGGUGCUUGAUUUUUUUCCCCUGAAGUGUCAGUUCCUUUGAUCUUUUUCCUCAGAAAUCUUAAUCUGUUGAACAUUCCCAGAAACUUUGAAGAGUUUCUAAGGUUCUGAUCUCUUUUUAAUAACUUGAUUUUUCCAAAUUGCCGUGGCUAUGCAUUUCGUUAUAAAUCGUUUAUUUUCCACAACUUUUUUUAUUGAAUUAUCUUGAGCUUUGAAGCUUCUCAUGUUGAGGGUAGCAAGUUAGUUGUAGAGGUUUGCGGUAGAAUCGUGCAAGGUUCUGAAAAGAAUCUAAGGGUACGCAACUUUCGGACAGCAUGCUCUGUCUGUCGUCAGAAACAGUGUGCUCUGUCCAUCUUAAAUCAUAGCAGGGAACAUUUUGUAGUUUUGCCAAUGUAGGUUGUUUGUUUUUCUAUUAAAAUGUAGUUUAUGUCCAGUUGUCUUUUCAAAAGAAUGCAAUAAACAUAAAAUUGGAAACGUUGGCCUA